AAAUGCGUUUAUGAAUUUAAAAAGAAAAAUAUUGGCAAUACAAAAAAUAUACGUGCAUACAUACAUACAGACAAUCAAAAUUAACAAAGAAAAAAAAUUAUGCAAACGAAAAGACAAACAAAAAGAAAAAACAAGAACAACAAAUAUAAAUUUGUAAUAGAAAUAUAAAAGUAGGAAAGGAGGAAAAAAAUAAGAAAAUAAAAAUGAAAAGACAACAAAAACAAACAUAAAUAAGCACAUGGAAUAUAGAAGAAAUAACAAGAAAAAUAGACGAAAGAAAAAAUGAAAAGAAGAAAAAUGAGAAAAACAUUUGCAAUAACAAAAUUACAUAAACGGGUAGACAGAAGAAAAAAAAGCAACAUAACUAAUACGAAAACAGUAGUAGUCCAGUUGUUUUUAUUUCAUUCAAUCAGACAGUCACUGUUAUACUAUUGCCCAACUUAGAACAAAAUAAUCGCAAUUGUAUAAUUUCUAUGGUAUUACACUUACACCGUUUCAUAUUGUUUUAUAAUAGAAAAUUGUGAAGAAUCAUAAUCGAAAAUUUUCAGUUUUUCUUUAACCAUUGAACAAUUCAUAUUUAAAUUAUACUGAAAUUAUUAAUUAAUAUGCACUAAUUCAAGUUUAUUAAUAAAAAAAGUAGUAAAAUUUUUUGUUAAAUAAGAAAAUUGGGAAAAAAGAACAAGAGUACAAAUAAUUAAAGGUGCGUGACAUAAGCUCACAUAACAAAAAAAAAAAUACAAAAUUAAAAUUCUAAAGGAAAAAUUUUUUUAAUAAAAGAAAUUUUCAUAUUAAAAAACAUAAAAUAGAAACUAAACGAGAAAAUAAAAAAUAUUAUUAAAAAUUAUAAAACUAUUUUUUUUUUGAUUUUACAUAACAUUUAAAUUGUUUGAAGGCUUAGAUAGAACGAGUUUAUCUCAUAAGUGAAUUAAAAACUUAAAAAUUAAUUUUGAUAAUGUGAAUUAAAUUUAUGAAAGAAAAUGCACUAAAUUUAACAAAAAAAUACUAAAAAGAUAUAGAAAACAAAGAAAAUUCUAAUUGUUUUUAAAAAUUAUUUAAAAAUUAAAUAAGAUAAAAUGAGUAGGAAUUUUAUUAACCGGGAAUACCGAGAUUUACGAACAGCGUUCGAUUUGUUAGACAGAAAUCAAGAUGGACGUGUUACAGCAAAUGAAUUACAGUUUAUGUUAAAAAAUUUAGGAAUUAAUGUUAAAGAUGAAAUAAUUAAUGAUUUAAUUAAGGAAGCUAGUCAAUCAGGUAAUGGUCUUAUAGAUGAAACUGAAUUUUUACAAUGGGUUAGUAAAAUUCAAGCUUUGCGAGAUGAAUCAGAAGAAAGUACGAGUAAAGCUGAUCCUGACGAUGAUAUAACACAAGAUUUAGUAGCAGCAUUUAGGGUAUUUGAUCGAGAUGGAAAUGGUUUUAUAACUAGAGACGAGUUACAGACUGCUAUGGAAAUGAUUGGUGAAAAUUUGACAGAAGCACAAGUUACAGAACUUUUGACAAUAGCAGAUUUAGAUAAGGAUGGAAAAAUAAAUUAUGAAGAAUUUGCGAGAUUACUAUUAUAAAUUAUUAAAAAUAAUGCAAUAAAACAAAAAAAAAAAACAAGUAGUAGUAUCAAGAGCUAGUCAUCCUUCUCUACAUAUAUAAUUAUUAUGUAAAAAAAAAGGAAAAUUAAAGGACAACAUAUAGCAGAACACCAAAAAUUUUAUAAUUUUUAUUGUUCUUGUUUUUUUUUUAUUAAAAUAUUAUACACACCAAAAAAACAGCAAUAUCCUUUUAUAUUUGUAUUAUAAAAAUUUUAUCCAUAAAAUUAUCUUAUCCCUUCUUAUAUGAUUAAAUAUGUAUGUAUAUGUAUAAUUAAUGAUUUUAAAUCACUUUAUAUAAAAAUUUGUUAUACAAAGUUCGACGUAAAUUAUAUUACAAAAAUAUAGUAACAAUAUAUAUAUAUAUAAUUAUAAUUUAAAUAAAUUUAAAUAAUUUUAAAUAUCAGGGCAUAUUAAAAUAAAUUAUUAUUGAUUUGAAAAUUAAAAACAAAAUUAAAAAAUCAAAGACAAAUUUAUAAAAUUGUAUUAAAAAUAAGAAUAAAGUGAUAUUAAAUAUAUUAUAUUUUAUAUGUAUAUUAUAUGUGGAUGAAAUGCACACACAAAAUGUAAAUUAAAUUAAAAUUAUCUAUUAUACAUACAUUGUAUGUGAAAAAUGUAUAAUUAUGCAUAAUAUUUAUAUAGGCCAUCACAAACCUAUAUACUUAUAAUUUAAAUAAAUUUGAAAUAUAAAAUAAUAUGCAUAAUAUAAGCA